AUGGGGAACACUACCUCGUGCUGCGUGUCGUAGCCCAAGCUCCGGAGGAAUGCCCACUCCCGGCUGGAGUCCUACCGGCACACGGACCUGAGCCGCGAGGACGGCUGCAACCUGCAGCACAUCAGCGACCGGGAGAACAUCGACGAUUUGAACAUGGAAUUCAAUCCUUCAGAUCAUCCUCGGGCCAGCACAAUAUUCCUCAGUAAAUCUCAGACAGACGUGAGAGAAAAACGCAAGAGUCUCUUCAUUAACCAUCAUCCUCCAGGACAAAUAGCAAGGAAAUACAGCUCCUGCUCCACUAUUUUCCUAGAUGAUAGCACAGUCAGUCAGCCAAACCUCAAGUAUACAAUUAAAUGUGUAGCUCUUGCAAUAUAUUACCACAUCAAAAACAGGGACCCAGAUGGAAGGAUGCUCUUAGAUAUUUUUGAUGAAAACCUUCACCCUCUUUCGAAAUCCGAAGUGCCACCAGAUUAUGACAAACACAACCCAGAGCAGAAGCAGAUUUACCGGUUUGUUCGGACGUUGUUCAGUGCUGCUCAGCUGACGGCUGAAUGUGCCAUUGUCACCCUGGUAUACCUUGAAAGACUGUUAACGUACGCAGAGAUAGACAUCUGUCCGGCCAACUGGAAGCGCAUCGUGUUAGGGGCGAUCCUGCUGGCCUCCAAGGUGUGGGACGACCAGGCUGUGUGGAAUGUGGAUUACUGCCAGAUCCUGAAGGACAUCACGGUGGAGGACAUGAAUGAGCUAGAGCGACAGUUUCUCGAAUUGCUCCAGUUCAACAUCAACGUUCCCUCCAGCGUCUAUGCCAAGUAUUAUUUUGAUCUCCGAUCGCUGGCAGAAGCAAACAACCUGAGCUUCCCCUUGGAGCCCCUGAGCAGGGAGAGGGCGCACAAGCUUGAGGCCAUCUCUCGCCUCUGCGAGGACAAGUACAAGGACCUGAGGAGAUCGACGCGGAAGCGCUCGGCCAGUGCCGACAACCUGAGCCUGCCCCGGUGGUCCCCGGCCAUCAUCUCCUAACGCGGAGGCCACGGCCCCGCGCUUUCUCCUUUAGUUUGAGAAGAGACAGACUUGGGGUGGGUUUGUUUUUGUUUUCUUCCUUUUCUUUUUAAACUCAUAGCUCCGUCGGGCUGCCUCGGUGGCCGCCUCCACCGGCUGCGAGGGACGCAAGUCAGUAUUCCGGACUCCGGUUUCCCCUCGCGGGGGCGGCAGACUCUGACCCUGGAGUAGAGGGAAGGGACGGCGUGGCCAGGCAGGGAAAUGGCCGCCUGGCCCGGCCAUGCCCAAAGUCCCCUACCCGGUCCGUAGAGGAGCGCGACGGCCACAGCGUAGGUGACAGAGUUGGACGUGCAUUAAAGACAGUGCUGCCUUCCCACCCGGGUCAGUGUGUUCUGUGAGACUUCUUGCAUUCCUUCUUGCUGCUUUUUCUGGGAUUUGGGGGGGCGGGGGUUGUUGGUUGGCUUUUAUCCUGUUUUGGUCUCGGUCCCACAGAGCAGAGAGCGCAGUUUGUCCCCACCACGGCACAGACAUCCAAGUAAAUAGCACCGGUUGUUGCCCUCCGCGCCAUCUUGCGAGCCGCCUUCCUCCCCAGCGGGCUGUGCUUGUUGGGUUUCUGGGCACCUUUAUUUUCCACAUUUUCUUCUUCAACACUGGCAGAAUUCACUUGACUGUAGUGCUCAACCAAAAGUAUCCCCUUCCCCCUCAACUCCUCACCCCAAGAAAAUUCUAGAUUCCAUGGGUGCUUGUGCCUUCCGAUUUUCUUGCUGUUUUGGUGUGGUUUUUUUUUUUUUUUUCCUCCCCCUUUCUCUGACCUGAAGUUGGUGUUACAAACUCAGUCAGACUUUGUGGGCUGAAGGAAACAACGUGUGUGGCAAAGAGUAUACCCAGGUUGGGAAUUUUUCCAGAGUGCUGUUUCUUUGUACUCCCUGCCUAAUCCAUUCCUCUACUUCCAAUGUCCAUUGUUGCAAGCAAUAUUCUUCUCAAUUUUUAUAUGUUUACUUUAAAUCAAAGUUAGUCUAUUUGUAUAAAAUUUUUUAAAAAUCUAAAAUUACAAAAAAAAAGGGUGGGUGGGUAUUCUUGUGGGAAGAUCAUUCAAGGGAAAAAUGUUACUAUCUACUGAGGUAUUUUUCACAGAAUGAUUGAAUAAAAAAAUUCAACUUGCAUUUUCAUUGUGGGUGCUUAGAGAAGUUCUAAAAAAUUCAAACUGUGAAGGUUUUUCUGCUUCAUUAGUUACGAUCAUACUUUCAUUCUGACUCUUCCGAUUUCCUUAUGGGCUAGAUAAGAAUCUUUUACAUCAAGUAAAAUAAGAGUUAUUGAUAGAAUAUCAAAUAGUAAAUUUGAUAUUAAGUCUUAAUGAGUCACACUUACAAUGCUUUGGGUUUUUGCAUAUUUUCUUAGAUCACAGUGACGGGUUUCUGAGUGUUUUCCUUUUUCAAAUCUCUGAGGUGAAUGGCACCAAAUGAUCUGUGUUUCACCUUUCUCCCAUGUGAGCUUGGAACAUUCUGGAAUCUUAAAUGAGUCUUGAGUAUCUUAAAAUCAUAUACUCGGUCCCCAGUCUUGCCUGCUCUUGAUGAAACACACUUUGGAAAUGGAAGGGACUUAGAAUGUUAAAAUCCCAAGAGCAUCAAGCCAAAAGUGUUAGUCAGGUUUCGGUGAAAUUCAUGUCAUAUAUAAACAUGAUUGUUUGGGCCAGAAAUGUCACAUUCUUUCUGGCCUAAACUUUCCGAAGCAAACAAGCAGAAUAUCAAAAGUUAAUUAUCUUUCCAUUGCAAUUGUGUUGAUACUCUGGGUACCAAAAUCAGCUUUCUCCCUUCAAGAGUUGAAUUUAGAACUUUAAAUACAAAUCUAAAAAUGUAGAAAAUACCAUUUUAUAUUCCCUAAUCUAUAUAGCUUAAAAAGGGACGUAUUUUCUUAGCUGAAUAUGAAUACCUCUUAAACAUAAAUUAGUUCCUCUCAUGUAAAUUAUCUUAUUUUACUGAUCCAUUUCAGGAAAGAGGUUCUGCUGCCUUUAUAGCAGAAAUCUUAUUUUUAUCCCUUUUAUUUGAAUGAGAGAUUUGAAAAUUGAAUUAUGUAAAUAUUUCAAUGCAUCUGCCAUUAUUUUGUGGAGUUUAUUAAACUACUUAAAAAAAUUGUAUAGUCUAUUUAUUGUAUGUAUGUACAUACAGUCUGAUACCUAAAAUUUAAAGUGGAUUCCGUAAAACCUGACUCAUUCAUGUUUAGACCUAUUGAAUAUUGUUUUAGCCUUGUGCACUGGACUCUACCUCUGUAUAGGAAAAUUUUCCAUAUUAGUAUUGAUCUGUAUUAAUUGGUUAUGUUUCUUGCACUAAGAAUUUUUAAAACUCUGCUGUAAGUGUAGAUUUUAGUUUUACUUUGGCAGUAUGAAUCAGUCAACACACAGGUAGAUAUACUUUAGGUUCAUUUCAUUUUAUUUUUCUACAUGAUGACGAGUAGUUCUGUUUGUUCUGAUUUGUUCUAAGUUUGCCAAAACAAAAAAACACACAACCAGUUCAGUACCUAUUGACAAAUCGUAGUGACUGUAAUUUGUUUGCAAGGUGAUUCAAUGCCCUAUUAAAGCUGGACUGCUGUUUAGGAA